AUGUUAUUCAUAUCUAUAAUUAUUCUUAUUGUAUGUUUUAAUCAUAAGAUCUAUUGUUUAUCUUGUUUUAAAUGUAUGACAACAAAUUUUGAAAAUGAUACAUGCUCUGAUCCAUUUAAUCCAAUUGAUAAUCAUCUUGAAGCUGAAUGUUUAGCAACAUCAAAUGGACGAAAUGGUUUAUUUCCAGCUCGAUUUUGUGUUAAAAUAUCUGGUGUUAUUGUUGAUGUUGAUCGACAUGUUAAUCGUUCAUUAUUAACUAAAAGUCUUUUUUUACGAACAUGUAUUAUAGAUAAUAUUAUGGAUUCAACUCGUUCAUCUGAUUCAACAGGAAAUUUUCGUUUAAAAAAUUUUAAUCAAAUCAAAGGCGUUCGAAUGCAAGGUACAAUAACUGUAUGUUCACAUGAUGGUUGUAAUCAAGCAAAUUUAUUUAAGAUAAAUUCAAUUAUAAUCCUAUUUUCUUUGCUUUUUCUAAUAGUUUAUUAA